AUGGAUGGGGGCAUCGUGGGCGACCCAGAGCCGAGGUCAGCUUUGGCAUCGCCUGGGCCUGACCAGCGGCCCCCAGAGGAUGAGCGGGAGGCAAUCCGCCGCGCCAUCCAGAAGGAGCUGAAGAUCAAGGAGGGUGUGGAGAACCUGCAGCGCGCGGCCACCGACCGCCGCCACCUGGGCCGCGUGCAGCAGCUGCUGCGCUGCUCCAACCGCCGGCUGGAGCAGCUGCACGGCGAGCUGCAGGAGCUGCACGCCCGCGUCCUGCUGCCCGCGCCCGCGCCCAGGGGCCAGGGGGACUCCGCGCCACCCGGGACAGGGCCCGUGGCCUCAGGAGCCCCGCCGUCCGCAGAGCAGCCCGGGGCCCGGCAGCUGGAGGUGCUGCAGAGGCAGCUGCAGGUGGAGCUGAAGGUGAAGCAGGGGGCUGAGAACAUGACCCACACGUAUGCCAGUGGCGGCCCCAAGGAGAGGAAGCUCCUGGCAGCUGCCCAGCAGAUGCUGCGGGACAGUCAGCUGAAGGUGGCCCUGCUGCGCAUGAAGAUCAGCCGCCUGGAGGCCAGCGGGUCCCCGGAACCAGGCCCGGAGCUGCUGGUGGAGGGGCUGCGGCACCGACUGCACAUCGAGGCUGCCGUGGCCGAGGGGGCCAAGAACGUGGUGAAGCUGCUGGGUGGCCGCCGCACGCAGGACCGGAAGGCGCUGGCCGAGGCCCAGGCCCAGCUCCAGGAGUCCUCCCAGAAGCUGGACCUCCUGCGGCUGGGCUUGGAGCAGCUGCUGGAGGGACUCCCCCCUGCCCACCCCCUGCGAGGCAGAGUGGCCCAGGAACUUCGGACUGCUGCGUCUGGGAACCCCCAGCCUUCAGGGGCGCUGGUGAAGCCCACGGCCAUGACAGGGACACUGCAGGUCCACCUCCUCGGCUGUGAGCGGCUGCUGACGGCCGUGCCUGGACGGUCCCCCGUGGCCGCGCUGGCUGGGAGCCCCGGCCAGGGCUGGCUUCGGGGCAGGGCCAAGCAGCAGCGCGGCCGAGGCGAGCUCGCCUGUGAGGUGCUGGCCGUGCUGAAGGUGGACAAUCGUGUUGUGGGCCAGACAGGUUGGGGACCCGUGGCCAAACAGUCCUGGGACCAGAACUUUGUUGUCCCUCUGGAGCGGGCCCGAGAGCUGGAGAUUGGGGUGCAUUGGCGGGACUGGCGGCAGCUGUGCGGCGUGGCCUUCCUGCGGCUGGAGGACUUCCUGGACAAUGCCUGUCACCAGCUCUCGCUCAGCCUGGUGCCGCAGGGGCUGCUCUUCGCCCAGGUGACCUUCUGUGACCCCGUCAUUGAGAGAAGGCCUCGGCUACAGAGGCAAAAACGCAUGUUCUCUAAGCGCAGAGGUCAGGACUUCCUGAGGGCUUCCCAGAUGAACCUCAGCAUGGCAGCCUGGGGGCGUCUGGUCAUGAGCCUGCUACCCCCUUGCAGCUCCCCUAACACCAUCAGCCCCCCCAAAGCCUGCCCCCAGACGCCAGCCACACGCCGGGGCGCCGCCGACCCUGCCUCUCCCAGCAACCUCCAGCCCAAGAAGACCCUCCUGGGAGAAGGGGCGAGACCCCCACCCAAGCCUCCGCGGCUGUACCUGCCUCCGGAGCCAGCCCCUGAGGAGACACCGCGCACCAAACGCCCCCACAUGGAGCCAAGGACUCGACUGGGGCCGUCUCCACCAGCCCCAGCCACCAGGAAGCCCCCUCGACUCCAGGACUUCCACUGCCUGGCAGUGCUGGGUCGGGGACACUUUGGGAAGGUCCUCCUGGUCCAGUUCAAGGGCACCGGGAGGUACUAUGCCGUCAAAGCACUGAAGAAGCAGGAGCUGCUGAGCCGGGAGGAGGUUGAGAGCCUGUACUGUGAGAAGCGGAUCCUGGAAGCUGUGGGCUGCACGGGGCACCCCUUCCUGCUCUCCCUCCUGGCCUGUUUCCAGACCUCCAGCCACGCCUGCUUCGUGACCGAGUUUGCGCCCGGCGGGGACCUCAUGAUGCAUAUCCAUGAGGAUGUGUUCCCGGAGCCCCAGGCCCGGUUCUACCUGUCCUGUGUGGUGUUGGGGCUGCAGUUCUUACACGAGAAGAAGAUCAUUUAUAGGGACCUUAAACUGGAUAAUCUCCUGCUGGAUGCCCAGGGCUUCCUGAAGAUUGCAGACUUUGGGCUUUGCAAGGAAGGCAUUGGCUUUGGGGACCGGACAAGCACCUUCUGCGGCACCCCGGAGUUCCUGGCCCCCGAGGUGCUGACCCAGGAGGCCUACACGAGGGCAGUGGACUGGUGGGGACUGGGCGUGCUGCUCUAUGAGAUGCUGGUAGGCGAGUGCCCGUUCCCAGGGGACACGGAGGAGGAGGUGUUUGACUGCAUCGUCAACGCAGACGCACAGUACCCCCACUUUCUGUCGCUGCAAGGGCUCGAGCUGAUUCAGAAGCUCCUCCAGAAGUGCCCGGAGAAGCGCCUGGGGGCGGGCGAGCGGGAUGCUGAGGAGAUCAAGACGCAGCCCUUCUUCAGGGCCACGGACUGGCAGGCCCUGCUGGCCCGCGCCACCCCGCCGCCCUUCGUGCCCACCGUCUGCGGCCCUACAGACCUGCGCUACUUCGAGGGCGAGUUCACGGGGCUGCCGCCCACCCUGACGCCGCCCGAGCCCCGCAGCCCCCUCACGGCCCGCCAACAGGCCGCCUUCCGGGACUUCGACUUUGUGUCAGAGCGGUUCCUGGAACCCGAGGCCCUCCCAGCCUCUGCCCGGAGCCCAGGCCCUGCCUGGUGUCUCUGAGCCGGGGCCAGUGGA